CGGGUCGCGCUCGAGCGCGUGCGCGAGGGCCCGGCCCGUGACGUCCGUUUCCGAGGGCGGGAACUCGCGGAAGAGGCGCUUGCUCAGGAGCACGGCGACGCCGCGAACCAGUCCCCGCGGCGAGCCCACAAGGCCGCAGGCCAAGCUCAGGAGCCGCCGCGCGCGCGCCGCGUCCGCAAUCGAGUCAUCGGCGCCGUCGAUGAGCGCCGCGCCGGCCACGGCCAUCAGCGACCCGAGGGCGAUCUCGCGGCCGCCGGCACGCUCGACCUCCGAGGCCUUGGCGAGCGGCACGACGUCGCCGUCCCGCACGGCCCCGACGCGGUCGAGCAACGCGUCAACCACAACAGGCCAGCAGCGGCACGCCGCGGCCGACGCCGCCUCGCACGCGUAGCGCACCUCGAGCGCCGUCGGCGACGACAGCGCCAGCGCCGAAAUAUCAGCGACGCGCCGCGCGAGCGCCGAGUCCGGCUCGUCGAGAUCGCCGCGCACGAGCAGGAGCCCGAGCGCCUGCCACAGCUUCAGUCGCCGAUCCCAGGCCGCGGACCGCGCGCACGCCGCGUCGCCGCUCUCCGCGCGCAGCGCCGGUUCCAGAUCUAAUAACGCCGACGCCGCGGCCCGGCGCAGCGCCCGCGGCGCGUCGUCACCCUCGAGGAACGCGAGCGUCGUGAGCCGCGCGAGCGACGGCCCGACGUGGUCCUUCGCGCAGAGGUCGAAGCAGGUCCGCUCCGGCGACGUGGGAUCCGGCGCCGUGCCCUUAUCGGGGACGGCUGCGGGCGCGUCGGCGGCCUCGUCGUCCCGGUCCAGACAGAGCGCCGCCGCCAGCGGCCCGAAGACGGCGGCCUGGGCGUCGUCGCACGCGGCGUUCCGCGCCCCGGCGCACAGGGCGUGCGCCAGCGCGCGCGCGAGCGCCGGCCGCCGCGCGACGGGAUUCGCCGUUUUCUCCAAGAGUCGCGCGCAGACGUCCGCGGCCGUCGCUCCCAGAUCUCGGGCGCUCGGGUCGUUCAGGGCGCGCUCGACGAGCGGCGUCACGACGCGGAACGCGACGCAGGCGCAGAGCUCCGGCGAACCGAGCUUUGCGCAGUCGAGGAAGGCCGCCGCGGCGCGGUCGGCCGCGCGCGCCGCGGCGGCCGGCGGCGCGGCCGAGAUGACCGCCACCGCGACGCGGAGCACCGCCGCGACCCCGGCGACGGACGCGUCGCAGGCUUCCAGCGCGUCGAGGACGGUCUCGUGGUCGAGGUCGCCCGCCGCCAGCGCGCCGGCGUCGAGCAGCGUCGCCGUCAGUCGCCAGCGAUCGGUCCGGGCGGCCUGCGCCUCGGCUCCUGUCACUUUCUCCGCCGCCCCCGCCGCCUUCAGGAGCUUCGGGACGCCAAUUGCCUCCAAUUGUUCGCGGGAGAGGCAGCCAACUCCCGCGCGAAUAAACGCGAGCCCGAGCACUGGAUCCGACAAACAGCCACCGGACAGCUCAUCCGCGAGGGCUGCCGAGGAGGCCAUGGUGCUUGCGCGCCAAGUUUCCGACUGCGACCCGCCGCGUCCACACCAAAGAGCCGGAACGCCGCCCAAAACCGCAAUUGCGUCUUCAACGAGCGCCGCACCCUCUUCCUCUGAGAGUUCUCUGGAUUUUGCGGUGGAGAGCAGAGCCUCUAUUAACCACUCGCGGGCUCUGAUACCCAUGGAGGCCGCGGCCCAGACCCCCGUGGACCGCCGCCGGUUGCCGCGGGCAUCGGUAACGAGCCACCGGAGGCCUUUGAGACGAUGGCGCUUGAACACGGAAUCGACGUCUGAAGGUCGCAACGUCACCGCCGCGACGGCCGCGGCCGCCCGCGCGUCGUCGAUGGCGCCCGCGCCGGGCACGCGUGACGCUAACCAAGUAGCGAGCCGCUCGUCGAGGGCCUCCUCUUCGGCAACCGCGCGCGUACACGCGGCGGCGAACGCGGCUGCCGUCGCCGGCGCCGCCGCGGCGUCCUGGCAGCAGACGAGCGGCACGACGGCGAUCGCGAGCGCGUGCGUCGCCGCAUCGUUUCCGGCGGUUUCGAGUGCCGCCGCCGCCGCUGCGACGUCGUCGUCUUGUAUACGCGGGCCCGGCAGCGCCGCGAACUUGACGUCCUCGAAGGGCCCGAGGAGCGCCGCGCGCGCGCGGGGCCGGCCGCCGCCGCGCAGCGCGUAGGCGACGACGGCGGCACGCGUCUCGGUAGGCGCCGCUUGGUAGAAGCGCGCGACGAAGUUGACGGCCGCCGCGUCGCAGCGCCGCGCCACGUCGCGGCUCUUCCGCAGCUCGUUGUCGUCGAGCGCCGGGAGCACGGCGUCGCGGACGAGGGGCCAGUCGGCGACCUCGGCCGGCGCCGCGUGGUCGAGGAGCCGCUGCAGGAACGCCUUGCGCGCCGCGGGGUUCCGGUGCCGCAGCAGGCGCCGCGCGAGGGCGUGGAGCCACUUCGCCUCGAGCACAGGCGUUGUUCUAAUAUCAAAGAACGCGUCGGCCGCCGCGGCGACGAGGUGGUGGCCGCUCUCGUACUCGGCCGCGGACGCCGCGGUGAGCCAGCGCCGCAGCUGCCCAGUCGCUUCUUUUUGGGCCUCGUCGGAACCCUGUUUCGAGGCCGUGUCGACAAUGAGUUCGAGGACCGCAAGCGCGCGGCGGCGCAGCAGCGGCGCGUCGUCGUCGGCGCGUUCGACGAGCGCGCGCUCGACAGCGGCAGACGGAAACGCAGCGCCGCUCGCCGAAAAAUGCUCGAACGCCGCCGCCCAGCACUGCAAAGCGUCGGCGGGCGCGACGCCGCGCUCGGGGGCGCCGACUGUCGCCGUCGCGUGGCGCGUGCACGCGUCCGCGACCGCGCGCCAUGCGCGCAUUAAGCUCUCCUGAUUCUUGUCUGGGAUCGGCGCGCGCGCCGCCAACGCCGGCACGACCCGUAGCACGGCUCUGCGCCGAUCGGCAACUUCGCCGCCGCCGGGCGCGAGCAGUUCCGCGCAGGCGCCCAGCGAAAUCUUUAACGAAUCCUCGUUUGACGCGUCCGCCGCAUCCGCGAUGACCGCCAACGCGCCCUCCUCGUCGCCUUCGAGCACCGCCUUGGCGGACUCAGAAACGAUGAAGUUCGCGAUGGGGCCGCCGAUCUUCGCGAGCUCUCGCACGCAAAAAGCCGCAUCGGCGUCGCCGUCCCGCGCCGCGGCCGCGCAUGCCGUCGCCGCGGCCGUCGCCGCGGCCACCGUAGCCUCGUCGAUGUCAUCUCCUUCUAGCUGUAGCUGAGCAGUCCCCCUCAGAACCGCCCAGCGGAGCUGCGCAUGCCUUGGUGUGUCGUCGGCCAGGAGCGCCACGGGCACGUCGAGGUUGACUGCGAGUGCCCGGGCGAUGGAGAAUCUCACUUGCGUGUGCUGCGUGUCAGUGAGCGAAUCCGGCAGGACUGUUUUAUUGAGAAUGCUCGCGGCCACGCCGGCGCUCAGCGUGUCGGACGCCACUGGUGCCGGCGCCGGCGCCGGCGCGGGAGCAGCCAGGCACUCGGCCUCGAGCGCCGCGAGCGUCGUCGCCACGCCGUUGAACGGCACGCCCAGCGCCGCGGCGAGCGCGCGCACGUCGCCCUUGAUCGUCGUCGUCCGCCGGAUGUCUACCGCAGCAAUCAGCGCGUCGGUGCGCGCUCUCAGCGACAUGUUUUAUGCUGCAGGCAUGUAUGGCAUUUGAUGCUGGAGGUGCGAAGGUUGCUGAUAGCGCUCGAAUUGUGCUGCGCUGACGUGCUGUGUGCAAAAUCGAUGCUUAUCAAUGCGUUUGCGCAGCAAUGAGCAGAGCCGCGCUGCUUGGCACUGCUGCUGCUCUUGCUAGGCAUCCCUAGUGUCUUACAUGCCGCUAGCGCGGGCUUGCAAGGAGACGAAGAGACGCAAUCCGACGCCUCUGACCGGCCCAUUAUGCCGCCGGAGCGCUUUGCCGGGGCCCGAAGAUCUCACGCCAGGGAGAGGAGGAGCGCCGACGAGGACAGACGGCCCUGCUACUGCCCCCACCAACGCAAGGGGACGGGACGACCGGCUCCAGGAUCUCAUGUGGCACCUGUCCGAGGCCAACGCGCCGGCGCCCCAGCGGGGCAAGCCGGGGGCAGCCCCCAAGAGCAGGGAGGCACAACCAAAGACAAGGGAAGCGGCCUGGGGCGGCCCCGGCCCCGACGCCGACGCCGGCCCGCCGACGUGCGUCUCCGACGACGAGAGCGACCGCCGGUCCAAGUCGCCCGCCUGUAUAGAAAGAGCGCAGCACGACCACGUCCCGUCGACGCCGCCGCCGCCUCCGCCGCCCGUGCGGGCAGGCAGCCCCGCGUCGCGCGUCGCCGCGUCGUACAAGCGGCUGGCAGCGUUGCGGGUCAACGACGGCGACGACCCGCCGCUGAGAAGGCGGACGCGGUCGCUGGACGACGAGUACGACCCGCGGCGCGCGGUCCCCAAAUACCGCGUGAGCGAGCGAAGACGAGAAAACACGCUGCGGGACUCGUUGCUGCCCGAGCGCCCGGCGCCUAACGCCGACGACGGGUUCAUGCUCGGGCUCAUGACGGCGAUCGGCUGCGGGACGAUUAGUUGCGGCUGCGGCGAGGAGGACAUAAGCUAGUUUGUUGAUUAUUCAUGACGCCUUCUUCUGGAAGCGAGCCAACGCCCCCUGCGGCUCCGACAUCUCCGCCGCCUGCGCCGCGGCGCUCCCGAAGACCGCCGCCGGCACGGGCUUCGUCGAGAGCACCUGCUCGCCGUCGUCGUCCGAAUCGUCGUCAUCCAGGUCGAUCUCGUUCGGGUCCGCCGCCGGCGCUUUCUGGGAAGUGGCCUCGACGAUGCGCGCCGCUUGCCGUUCCAGCGCCGCCAUCUCGGUCUCGGCGGCGCCGCCCUCGUCCGCACUCCGCUUCUUCGACGCGGGCUGGUCGCCGGCCAUCCUUCGCUCGGCUUCGGCGUCGGACAUGAGCGGGGCGUCCGUUUUGAGUAACCCGUCCGCCACAUAAACUGCGGAACUUCGAGCCGUCUCGACGGACCGCUUCACCCGCAACAUCUCCCGGAACGUGUCCUCGUUGCCGUGCUGCACCUCGAAGUCGCGCCACGUCUGCCAGUAGUGGUCGUCUAACCUAGGAUCGGCGAACUGCGCACCAUGUGCUAAAAUCGCUCGUGCGCGGUCGACUUCCCCCAAGCCUCGCUCCAAAGAAGCGAAGGCCAGGCACAUCUUUUUGGCAUCAUCAUCCACAUUCAGCGCUUUGACGGCCCGUUCAUACACGCCCCUAGCUUUGGGAGCACCAUAAGCCCGUUCCACUUUCGCCGCAUAAAGCCGCCAGGCGCCAAACGCUCUUUCAUCGUCCGCGGCGAGGGCUGCGCGUUCGUAGACGGCCAUGGCCCGUCUGCCCAAGCCGUGGGCUUCCUCGAGCUUCGCAUAAUCAACCAAUAAAGUAGCAGCAUCAGACGGAGGAGCCUUCCGGAGAGCCUGCUCGUACAAGUCCCUAGACCUCUCCAAUUUCGUGCCGCCAUACCGCGCAUGGAACGCCGUUAAAUAGCCGAACCACAAUUCCCUAACAUGGGGCCAGUGAAAAAGUGCGACGCCCCGCUCGUACGCGCCGAAGGCGUCUUCGUAAUAUUCUUUUUCCUCGAGCAUGCUCGCGUAGUUGGCCACGAUUUGCGGCGUCGCUACUUUCAAUUCUAAACAGCGGUCGUAGGCCGCCCGUGCGCUGUCGAGUGUGCCUAAUGAUUCUUCCAAGUCGAGGUAUAGGGACCAUAAUUUUGAGGACCGAUGAACUUUUUCUUGCACUGGAAUCUGCUCCUUAUGCAACCUACGCCGUCGUUGAGGCUCCAAGACCGCUUUCCUCGCAACCGCAAGGGCCUCCUCGUGAUGCUCCCGUUGGAGCUCCAUCUCGACCCAGAAACAGUAAAUAGAAGCCAAGUCGUCGACCGUUCGGAAAUCUUGCUCUACAGCUCGCUCUAACACAACUCUCGCAUUGGCUAGAUCAUUUCGGGAAGCGUAGUACGAAGCAAAUGCGGUCCACAGCGUAUGUGGUUUACCAGUAGCUUUGUAGACGUCUACCGUCUUCACGGCGUCACUGUAGCACUCGAUAGCCUUCGCGGGGUCAUCCUUACAGAUGUCAGCACGAGCGUGCCACUCACUUACAGAAUGGGGGUUCUGCCUCAAUAGUACUGACGAGAGUAACAGAGGCCUUCUUUCCAUGAGAUGCUCGAGCCUAGCUAGUCGAAAGUCGAUCUCCUCCUGGGCCGUCGGUUCAUAGACGUUCCGCUCCGCCUCUUCUUCUUCCGGUUCCUCUUCCAACUUGGCCAUUUUUGCUUCGAGAACCGACUCCUCGAACCUACUAUAAGCGUCAAACACCAACCCAAAGUCCCGAGCCGUGACUACCGUCGUGACAGCUUCCUCGUAAACGUUCCGAGCCUCCUCGAAGCGUCCCAGGCGAAUGUAGUAGUCCGCGAGCUUGCACCAUAGUCUUCCCACUUCAUCUCUGAAUCUACUAAGUCCGCUCCUGAUGAUCUGAUCGACGUCCAACGACGACGGUAGCUCUUCCGGAUGCGCCGCACACAAAUCACAGAGCCGCAUCCAGAGCUGGUGCUUGCUCUUGCCCGACGGUGAGACGAAGUCGUUGUCCUCGAGGCACUUGGCGAGCUCUGCCGCUGCUUUACCGUGAUUGUUUUGUGCUACUAAAUAGUCGCAGAAGGCUUCUCUUCUCUGAGGUUCGAACAUGCACCUUCUUGUGUGGGCAUUGAGCGCGACUUGUUGGAUACCGCAUGAUUCGGCCCACUGCACAUACCGCGGCCAGACCUUGUCGUGCUGCGUGAUCGGUAAGGCUCGCAGAGCUCGAUCAAACGCGUGGCGCAAUUGCGUGCCUUUUUUCAUUUUUUCUAGUACAUCAACAUACUCCAACCACAGUCGCGGCAUCUUCGACAGGUGCAUGAGGCAGCGCUCGUAUAACAAUACUAAUACUUUGGCCCGUCCUGAAGUGUGCCAUCGGUCUCGCACCGCCUCCUCGACCUCAUCUAGGUACAAACGCCACAGCUUAUACGACCGCGGGAGUAACUGCAAGGCUCGUUCAUAGAUCAAUCUCCUCUCAGCGAAGGAGAAGUCGUCGCGCGUCGCCGCGAGAUACGACACCCAGGUCUUGGGCGCGUAGGGGUUCCGCGUCACGUCGGGCUCAAAGCGCCGCCCCUCGCCCUUGUUCCUCAGACUCUCAAUGGUCUUGACGACUUGCGGCGCUUUUAUAGACAUGCGGUGCUGCGCGUCGGGGUCCGGCGGCGGCGGCGCUUUGAUCUCAUAGGUGUCGGCGCGCGUGAUCGCGCGCAUCUCGCCCGCGCCGCCCUCGACCAUGAGCGUCGCGUCUUGUCUAGGGUUGGCGAGGUCGCCGCCGCGCGCGGUGCCUGGUGCUGCUGACAUGUUACUUUUUUUGCGGCCUGUUACGGGGUAGCGCUGUUUUUUCGGCGCGGCGACGGCGUCGCGGAUGCAGCGAGCUGCCGCCUUGGAACAGAGCUCUGCUCCUAGGCCGUCACGCAGCCGCGCGCCGUUGCAAGCCCGUGCUGGCUGGUAGCGAGGGCUCUCAGAGAACACAAGUCAGACAACGUAUGAGUAACAGCGACGCCGUGCGCGCGUCCGCUUGCCAGAGCUACCUAGCGUAGCGACACACUAGCUUUCAGUGAAGGCGUGCUUUGUACUGUGUUUUUGCCCGCGCUCGAAGAGGCGGGCUGGAAAAUUCUCUAGUUUUACGUCCCCGAGCUGCAGCGCUGGGGACACAGCCCAAAAAAUGGCCGCCCGCGCGCUCCGACGAGCCCUCAGCACCGCAAGACCAGCCGCAGCGCCGCGCGCCGCCGCGCCGCGCGCCGCGAGGCCACGCGCCAACUUCUUGAGCACCACGCCGGCCAAAGCGGCACCAGCCCCGCAAGUAGCCGACGUGACUGUGCACAUCACCUUCGUGGACCACGAGGGCUCGCGGGCCGUCGUGCCCGGCCGCGUGGGCAUGACGGUGUCCGAGGUCGCCGAGCUCCACGGCAUCGACAUCGGGCCGACGGCCGUGGCCGGAGUUGUGGAAAGGGUCAAUUCCGACGUCUGGACCGAGGAUUUAUUUGGGGAGGGCGCGUCGCUCGGUUACGACCACGUCAAGGUCCCGCCGGCCUGGGCGGCGAAGCUGCCGCCGCGGGGCGCCUGGGAGCUCGAGCUGCUGCGCAACUACUGGGACGACGACGACAUCACGUCGGUGUCGCGCCUCGGCUCGCAACUGCCGCUGACGAAGGAGCUCGACGGCAUCCAGAUCUACAUCCCCGACGGGAUUCCCACCGAGGGGAACCUUUAGAGCCUAAGCUUAUGUAUAGACUUCCCCUGCUCCGGGCCGCGCGCAGCCGGAGGCCCAUGCAAAGCUGGGAGCUGCCAGCUCGCGCCGCCGAGCGCAGCCAAGUUGGACAGACAGAACUCGUUCGCGGUUAGGUUUGGGCUCUGCGACAAGUGCAGGGCACCGCUAAGCACGAAUUCGCAUCGCUGCAGUACUUGCAAGCGGCCCAGCACAAUGCAGCCACUCUGCCUAUCACUAUGCGUGGCCGCCGCGACGGCCUACCUCGCGCCGACCACCGCUCGACGACGUACGACGCGCCUCGCAGCGAUGCGAGAAUUUCGCGCCCAGGACCUCACGCUCGAACGCUUCCUGGGCCAGGUCUCCGUGACGGAGGUCACGGACUGGGAAUAUUCGGGAGAGGGCGUGAAUCCAUUAGAUCCGGCGCAGCCAGCUCGAACAAAAUCCGACGCCGGAGUUGGUAGUGCACCACUAAGACUCUUCCUCGCGACGCGGGAGGACCCGACGGCGCGGGCGCGAGGGGAAGAUUUAAGGUGCUGCGUGCGCGAGUACUCGUUGAAAGCGUCGAAAGUGGCGCGCCAGGAGCUCGACGCGUUCCGCGACCGCGAUUUACCAAAAAAAAGCGUCUGCCAGCUGCUGGGCACACUCGACGACUCGGAGGACGGCUUCUUCUCGUCGGAUGCGGUCCUGGACGAUUCAUUCAUCGAGGCCUGGGUGGCGAACCUCCGGUGCGAGCCGCCGCAACCCGAUAGUAGGUGGUUGGUCUACGAGUGGGCGGGCACCUGCACCUUCGCGUCAUUAACAUCACCACCGGGCCCGCAGAACCCCUUUUAUGCGGAGCCGCCGAGGCCCUUUGGUGGGGGCAUCUUUGGUUCAAGAGCUGUUGGAGAACGGUGGACCUAUCCCCAAAGGGAAAAGUUCGUACUCAGAGCGAUAAAGAACGCCGUCGCGUGCGUCGCGGAUUUGCAUGAAGCCGGCGUCGCCCACCGGGGCCUGUCGGGCGCGGCCUUCGUGCUCGACUCGAGUGGCAUGGACAAAAACGUCGUCCCGAAGAACGCGCCGUUAUCGCGCGUGAGGCUCCAGUUCCUCGGCUUCUCGGAUUCGGCAAGCGUGGCGAACAUGAACGACGACCUCAAUUCGCUGGGCUACGUGCUGUUGGAGCUGUUGCUGUCGCCCGCGCUGUAUCCUGAGGAUUAUGCCGGCCCAUUACCACCCGUCAGCGACGGCGACUCCUUAAAACGCUUGUACGACGACAUCUUCGACUGCGACAUUUUGAAACUGAGAGACUACUGCGCGAACGAGGAGGCCUGGGACGGCGUCGUCCGAUUACUGGACACUUCCGAUGGUUGGGCGUUUCUCGGCACGGCGCUCGGCGCGAACGAUAGAAGGCGGGCGACGCCGGGGCUGCUGACGGCGCGAGCCCUCUUGGGCUCGAAUUUCCUAACGUAG